AUGGUGAUCAAUCCCACCUACCUUGCCCAGAAAACGUGCUCGUCGACGAGUUGGAAAGAUGCGCAGCGGAGGGUAAUCCAUGCCUACCGGCAAUGGCUGAGAUCAGCUCCUGAAAUCCAGCAAAUGUACUCACUCAAUCUGCCCGUGUCCCAGCUACGAACGAAAAUACGGCAAGAGUUUGAAAGACACCGAUACGUCAACAAGCUGCCGGUGGUAGACAUGCUACUGUUUCAAAGCCACUCGGAAUUUCAGGAAACAUUGAACUACUGGAAGCAAAUACCACACGUCAUGAAGUAUUUUCGGGAAACAGAAAAUCCGACAGCAAGAUUACCUGCAGGUUUUAUGCAAGGCUUUCUGGAGGGUCGCAACUGA